UUGCGCGUAAUUUCCUGUUUCCGACGUGCUCCCACGUGUGAACGCAGAAAGAAGAUUUGGCGGAUCCGAGACAGGAAAAAAAUCUUUUUCAGAGCAGCAGAGCAGAAGGAGGGCAGCCGCCAAAAUGUCGCACCUUCCAAUGAAAUUGCUGCGCAAGAAGAUAGAGAAGCGCAAUGAGAAACUGCGUCAGAGGAACCAGCGGCUGAAGGAAAAAGAGGCCUUGAGAGCCAAUAUAUCAGAAAUCCAAGAUGAAUGUAUAUCAGAAGAAACGGUAGAAGAAAUGAAAGUGAAAAAAUCUCCCAAGAAAACUGUAGUGUUAGCAGCCAGUGAAGAAUCAACUGCACAGCUCCCCAAUUCUGAAUUAAAAAAGAAAAAGAAGAAGAAGAGGAAAAUAAUACCUGAUGGAGGACCUGAAAACAAAAAAGUAAAAACUGAAAGCCAAGGGAGAUCUGAUGAUGAAGAUGAGAAAGAUCCCAAAAUAAAAGAAAACACUGUGGAAGAUCAGAAAGAGGAUGAUGAAAUGCCCAGCCUUCCUCAUGGGCUAACAGGGUCCUUUGAGGAUACUUCAUUCACUUCACUUACUAAUAUGGUCAAUGAAAACACUCUGAAGGCAAUAACAGAAAUGGGUUUUACUAACAUGACUGCAAUUCAGCAUAAAAGCAUCAGACCGCUUCUAGAAGGCAGGGAUAUUCUAGCAGCUGCAAAAACAGGCAGUGGCAAAACCCUCGCAUUCCUCAUUCCUUCGAUAGAACUCAUUGUUAAGUUAAAGUUCAUGCCUAGGAAUGGAACUGGGGUCCUUAUCCUCUCACCUACUCGGGAGCUGGCUAUGCAAACCUUUGGUGUGCUUAAGGAAUUAAUGUCUUAUCAUGUGCAUACCUAUGGUUUGAUCAUGGGAGGCAGUAACAGAUCUGCAGAGGCACAGAAACUUGCAAACGGGAUCAAUAUUAUUGUGGCAACACCUGGCCGACUUCUGGACCAUAUGCAGAACACCCCAGGAUUUAUGUUUAAAAAUCUGCAGUGUCUUGUUAUUGAUGAGGCUGACCGAAUUCUUGAGGUUGGGUUUGAGGAAGAAAUGAAGCAGAUCAUCAAACUUCUGCCAAAACGCAGACAAACAAUGCUCUUUUCUGCCACACAAACUCGUAAGGUAGAAGAUCUGGCAAAAAUUUCACUUAAAAAGGAACCAUUGUAUGUUGGUGUUGAUGAUGAUAAAGAUACUGCAACAGUAGAUGGUCUUGAACAGGGAUAUGUUGUUUGUCCAUCUGAGAAAAGGUUCCUUCUACUUUUUACAUUCCUUAAGAAGAACCGGAAGAAGAAGUUGAUGGUAUUUUUUUCUUCAUGUAUGUCAGUGAAAUACCACUAUGAGCUUCUGAACUACAUUGAUUUACCUGUCAUGGCUAUUCAUGGCAAACAGAAGCAAAAUAAACGGACAACUACAUUCUUUCAGUUCUGCAAUGCAGAUUCUGGAAUUUUGCUGUGUACAGAUGUGGCUGCCAGAGGUCUAGAUAUUCCAGAAGUAGAUUGGAUUGUCCAGUAUGACCCUCCAGAUGAUCCAAAGGAAUAUAUUCAUCGUGUAGGUAGAACAGCCAGAGGCAUAAAUGGAAGAGGUCAUGCUUUGCUUAUUUUACGACCAGAAGAGUUGGGUUUUCUUCGUUACCUGAAGCAAGCCAAGGUUCCAUUAAGUGAAUUUGAAUUUUCCUGGUCCAAAAUUUCUGACAUUCAGUCUCAGUUGGAAAAACUAAUUGAGAAGAACUACUUCCUUCAUAAAUCAGCACAGGAGGCAUAUAAAUCCUACGUUCGAGCAUAUGAUUCUCAUUCUCUGAAGCAAAUCUACAAUGUUAACAGCUUAAAUUUACCUCAAGUUGCUUUAUCAUUUGGUUUCAAAGUACCUCCAUUUGUUGACCUAAAUGUGAACAGCAGCCAGGGAAAGAGGUUGCAAAAAAGAGGUGGUGGUGGUGGUUUUGGCUACCAGAAGCCCAAGAAUGUCCACAAAUCCAAAAUCUUCAAACACAUUAGCAAGAAGAAAUCUGAUGGCAGGCAGUUCUCUCACUGAAGCAGUAACUUUUCUGAUCUUCAAUAACUUUGUCCUUAAAUAAGGACUUGUCUUCAUUGCACUAACCAUGGAAUAUUUACAAUCUUGAAAAUUUGGAUUAUGAUCUGAUUUACUCUACUCAAAUGCAGUGGCUUCAGCCAAUUUUUUUUUUUUUUAAAUAAAAAAACAGUGAGAUGAAGCUAACUUUAUUUUGGCUUCUAAAUAGCAAGUGACAUUUCCUUUUCAAUGUAUGUAACAUAUACAGAAUUUUAACUGUAAAUUAUAUUUUUCAAAGAACUUAGAUUUUCUAAUUGUGAACUAUUUCAUUUCUCUUCCAAGCAUUUUUCUUGGUUCUAUAUUCAAUCAUUCCUUACCAUUGUCUUUUGAGAACUCUGUGGCUUGGAUUGCAAUAAUAAUGAAAUCUUAAGGUCAUCAAAAAGAUGAGAGUCUUCUUGACUAUCUGUACAAAUAAAGGCCUCAGUCUGUUCUCCUUGUUUCCUGAAUAAUACAAAUUAUCUUUUAUCCAUACUAAAUAUUGUCUGCAAAAUCAUAGGACCCAUAACCUUUUGGUUUGGGAUUUGUACAGAAGAUCAAGAUUCAAAUUCAGGCUACUUCUCUGUGAUCUAUGUCCCUUAAACUCUCAGUUUGUUUCCUUAUCUGUGAAAUGGGUUAUACUAAAAGGCCUCCAAAAUCCCUUCUAGUUCAAAACUUAUGAUCCUCUGGGAACUUGUUAACAAACCUCAUAAAUUUAAGAGGUCUGCACUUAAUACCACAGUAAUAAAUUAUAUGAAGAAGAUAUUUCAGUUACUUUUGAUCUACUUCAUUAGAAGCAUCAAUAAUGUAUCCAUUUCUUUGCAUUGCUAUCUAAAUAUAUGGUAUUAUAUGAAAAUAAAAUAUGCCCCAGAAAGUUUAUUCCAAGGCUUAAACCAGGAUGUUCUCUGAGCAAUUACUACACAUCCCUAGAUAUGGAAACCCGGGCUCAAAUUGCACCUCUGAUUUUUAUGGACAUGUAAUAUCUCUGAAGCCAUUUCCUCUGUGAGCAUCAAAUGAAAUAAUAUAAAGUAUUUACAAACCUUUAUGAUUCUCAAUUAUUAAUAUGCUUUUAUUUAACAAAACAUUGUUUAAAAAAAAACCUCUAGUGUUUGGAUCAGUCUAAGAUGUUAAUCACAAAUCUUUUGAAUAUGUACAUUGGCACAUACUCUAGGGUCCUUGAAAAGCAUUCAGGAAAACUGGAAAUGAAAUAAAUGCUCAUUUAGGAAAUAGCUAAAGAUAUUGUGCUAAAUGGAUAUGAUGAAUAUUAACUGCAGUGUGAGAAAUGACAACUAUGAAGAUCUCAAAGAAGGCUGGGAAGUCUUACAUGAACUGAUUCUAAUAAGCAAACAAACAAAAUAAAAUGUAUGACCACAACAUGGAAAAGAUGGAAAAAGUAAAUGCUGUAAUUAUGGUGACUUGCAGAGGAAGAAGCCUAGGGAAUGUACAGUAAUGCUACGUAGAUUUAUCUUUUUUCUUUUGUUUUUGCUGAACUGCUUUUAUCUUGUUAAAAAAGCUUUUGUUAUAGGGAAUUGUAGAGAUUGGGAGGGAUACUCCUAGAAAUACAGGGGUAUGAAAACUUUUCAAUAAAGAUGAUAAUUUUAAAACAAAAA